AUGGUCCGUAGCCUCAUCCUCCGCGUCCCCCUCAUCCGCUCCCUCCUCCCACGUGUCACCCAGCCCGUCCUCCCUCUCGCGGUCCGGCUCACCUCCCCCCAUCCAACCGCGUCGCUGACCAGGCCCCUCGCCCACCCAGGCACUCGAUUCUUCCAUCUCCCCUCCCCACGUCUUGCGUCCUCUACCCCCUCCCCGUCAGACCAGCACUCCCCCGGUCUCCCCCCAAAUGCCACCCUCUCGCAGCGUCUCAAACAUCUCAUAAAGGCCUACGGGUGGUACGCCCUCGGGGUCUAUAUCUUUUUGACCGCCCUCGACUUUACGGUCGCUUUUGCUGGCAUCAAUCUCAUCGGCGCUGAGCAUGUCUCUCGUGUCACCGCCGCAGUCAAGGACUACGCCGCCGGAUUCAUCCACUCGCGCCCCCCCGAGCCCGGGCGAGAAGAAAUAGACGAUAUUACCGCCCACCCAGGUGCUUCCGGACAAGGAGACCUCUAUACCAUGCUUGUCCUCGCCUACACCGUACACAAAACACUCUUCUUCCCCAUUCGGGUAGGCCUUACAGCCACGUUGACCCCCAGACUCGUCCGCUGGCUCACAGCCAGAGGUUGGACCGGUGGUGCUGGUGCGAAACGCGCCGCGAAGGAGGUCCGGGACAAAAUCAGAAGUAGUAGAGAUCAGGUGUAG